AUGUAUAUGCCCACGAAGACCAUCCGAGAAAUCCAUCAUGCUCUGUUUAAAGACGGAGUCCUCUGUGCUAAGAAAUGCGAAAUUUCCGUUCAUCCAGACCUAAAACUUCCCAACUUGUACGUCAUCAAGUGCAUGGAGAGUUUGCGAUCUAGGGGAUACGUGAAGGAACAGUUCGCUUGGAGACACUAUUACUGGUUCCUUACUAACGAGGGUAUUGAGUAUUUGAGAGAGCGACUGAACCUACCCCAGGAAGUUGUUCCAGCUACUCUUAUGAAGGCGCAACAGAGUGCUCAAGCUGCUGCUCCUCCGACUCCCGCGAAGCCCGGAGGUUUCGGACGAGGCCGACCUCUAGGAAAUUAA